GUUCCCAUAACUGACACCAAAUAUUCUGCACUGAGCAGAAUUCUUCUUUUCUGGUUUGUGGAAAUGGCUGGGAGAAUCAUUUUUCUCAUUGGAUCACUUAUACAAGGAUUUUUGUGUGGCUUCAAUAUUAUUCUGCCAAAUAAUACAACAGUUCUGAAUGGAUCUUGUGCUUUCAUACCAUGCACAUUUGACAUUGAUCCAACAUAUAAUAAUAAACUCACUGAUAGUGCAAAGAGAAUCUGGUAUAAAGAUGAACAGAAGGAUGUGAUAGUGUUUGACUCCAGCAGCCCUAGCACAGGUCUGCUUAAAGGAUCAAUAUUUGGCAAAGCAACAGAGAAAAACUGCACCACCCGCUUUGAUUAUCUCACUCAGAAUAACGGCGGAAGAUAUUACUUCAGACUGGAAGACAAUGAUCUAAAAUAUACCUUUGCUUUAAAAACAAUUGAAAUUCAUGUAAUAGCCUCUCCACCCAAACCCACAUUGAGUCUCUAUACGCAGCAGGUGGAGGUGAUCGAGGGAUCAUCUGCUAGUCUGCGCUGCUCUGCUAUGAUUUACUGCUCCUCUCUUCCUCCAGCACUCACGUGGAGCUCCUCUCCCAAACACCUCCUCAAUAACAGCAUCAAUGGACAGCAGCAGAAGAUCCAGAACAAACUGAUCUCAGAUCUGAACUUCACUGUAACACAUCAACAGCACAAAGCAAAUUUCACCUGUAUCAUAUCUUACCAGCUACUGUACAGGAACACAUCUGCACAAGAAUCACUGACACUAUAUGUUCAAUAUGCUCCUAAAAACACAUCAGUGUUUGUGUAUCCAUCUGCUUUUGUUCUGGAGGGUCAUUCAGUGUCUCUCACCUGCAGCAGUGAUGGAAAUCCACCUGUGAUUAACUACACCUGGUACAGAUACACUGAAGGACAGCUGAAAUAUCUCCAGAACGGAUCAGAUCUCAUCUUUAAUAAGAGCAAGUCGACAGACAGGGGUGGAUACUACUGCACUGCUCAGAAUAAACACGGCAUCCAAAACGCAUCAGCACUGCUGGAUAUUCAGUAUGCUCCUAAAAACACAUCAGUGUUUGUGAAUCCAUCUGGUUUUGUUCUGGAAGGUCAUUCAGUGUCUCUCACCUGCAGCAGUGAUGGAAAUCCACCUGUGAUCAACUACACCUGGUACAGAUACACUGAAGGACAGCUGAAAUAUCUCCAGAAUGGAUCAAAUCUCAUCUUUAAUAAGAGCAAGUCGACAGACAGUGGUGGAUACUACUGCAUUGCUCAGAAUAAACAUGGCACCCAAAACGCAUCAGCACUGCUGGAUAUUCAGUAUGCUCCUAAAAACACAUCAGUGUUUGUGAAUUCGUCUGGUUUUGUUCUGGAGGGUCAUUCAGUGUCUCUCACCUGCAGCAGUGAUGGAAAUCCACCUGUGAUCAACUACACCUGGUACAGAUACACUGAAGGACAGCUGAAAUAUCUCCAGAACGGAUCAAAUCUCAUCUUUAAUAAGAGCAAGUCGACAGACAGCGGUGGAUACUACUGCACUGCUCAGAAUAAACAUGGCACCCAAAACUCAUCAGCACUGCUGGAUAUUCAGUAUGCUCCUAAAAACACAUCAGUGUUUGUGAAUCCAUCUGGUUUUGUUUUGGAGGGUCAUUCAGUGUCUCUCACCUGCAGCAGUGAUGGAAAUCCACCUGUGAUCAACUACACCUGGUACAGAUACACUGAAGGACAGCUGAAAUAUCUCCAGAACGGAUCAAAUCUCAUCUUUAAUAAGAGCAAGUCGACAGACAGCGGUGGAUACUACUGCACUGCUCAGAAUAAACAUGGCACCCAAAACGCAUCAGCACUGCUGGAUAUUCAGUAUGCUCCUAAAAACACAUCAGUGUUUGUGAAUCCGUCUGGUUUUGUUCUGGAAGGUCAUUCAGUGUCUCUCACCUGCAGCAGUGAUGGAAAUCCACCUGUGAUCAACUACACCUGGUACAGAUACACUGAAGGACAGCUGAAAUAUCUCCAGAACGGAUCAAAUCUCAUCUUUAAUAAGAGCAAGUCGACAGACAGCGGUGGAUACUACUGCACUGCUCAGAAUAAACAUGGCAUCCAAAAUGCAUCUGCCGUGCUGGAUAUUCAGUAUGCUCCUAAAAACACAUCCGUGUUUGUGAAUCCGUCUGGUUUUGUUCUGGAGGGUCAUUCAGUGUCUCUCACCUGCAGCAGUGAUGGAAAUCCACCUGUGAUCAACUACACCUGGUACAGAUACACUGAAGGACAGCUGAAAUAUCUCCAGAACGGAUCAAAUCUCAUCUUUAAUAAGAGCAAAAUGACAGACAGCGGUGGAUACUACUGCACUGCUCAGAAUAAACAUGGCACCCAAAACUCAUCAGCACUGCUGGAUAUUCAGUAUGCUCCAAAAAACACAUCAGUGUUUGUGAAUCCGUCUGGUUUUGUUCUGGAGGGUCAUUCAGUGUCUCUCACCUGCAGCAGUGAUGGAAAUCCACCUGUGAUCAACUACACCUGGUACAGAUACACUGAAAGACAGCUGAAAUAUCUCCAGAACGGAUCAAAUCUCAUCUUUAAUAAGAGCAAGUCGACAGACAGUGGUGGAUACUACUGCACUGCUCAGAAUAAACAUGGCAUCCAAAACGCAUCAGCACUGCUGGAUAUUCAGUAUGCUCCUAAAAACACAUCAGUGUUUGUGAAUCCGUCUGGUUUUGUUCUGGAGGGUCAUUCAGUGUCUCUCACCUGCAGCAGUGAUGGAAAUCCACCUGUGAUCAACUACACCUGGUACAGAUACACUGAAGGACAGCUGAAAUAUCUCCAGAACGGAUCAAAUCUCAUCUUUAAUAAGAGCAAGUCGACAGACAGCGGUGGAUACUACUGCAUUGCUCAAAAUAAACAUGGCAUCCAAAACUCUUCAGCACUGCUGGAUAUUCAGUAUGCUCCUAAAAACACAUCAGUGUUUGUGAAUCCGUCUGGUUUUGUUCUGGAAGGUCAUUCAGUGUCUCUCACCUGCAGCAGUGAUGGAAAUCCACCUGUGAUCAACUACACCUGGUACAGAUACACUGAAGGACAGCUGAAAUAUCUCCAGAACGGAUCAAAUCUCAUCUUUAAUAAGAGCAAGUCGACAGACAGCGGUGGAUACUACUGCACUGCUCAAAAUAAACAUGGCACCCAAAACUCUUCUGCACUGCUGGAUAUUCAGUAUGCUCCUAAAAACACAUCAGUGUUUGUGAAUCCGUCUGGUUUUGUUCUGGAGGGUCAUUCAGUGUCUCUCACCUGCAGCAGUGAUGGAAAUCCACCUGUGAUCAACUACACCUGGUACAGAUACACUGAAGGACAGCUGAAAUAUCUCCAGAACGGAUCAAAUCUCAUCUUUAAUAAGAGCAAGUCGACAGACAGCGGUGGAUACUACUGCACUGCUCAGAAUAAACACGGCAUCCAAAACUCUUCAGCACUGCUGGAUAUUCAGUACCCUCCUAAAAUCACUGGGUCCUCGUGUAACCAUAGCAACAUCAUUACAUGCUUCUGUGAGGUUUAUGGAAACCCUGUCCCAACACUGGAAUGGAGUCUGUCUGGUCAACCUGUCAAUCAUAACUCCACCAGCACAUUUAUAAUUCAAGAGCAACUGGGGGUCACAGGACUUAGGACCACCCUUACUGUCAGUCAAACGCUUACAGUCACAUCCACUCUGCAGUGUGGCAGCAGCAACAUCCACGGCACUGCCAUCAAUCAGUUUCUACAGCCUCAGACUAAUCCUUCGAGUGUGGACCGCUUUCUGUUGGCUGGAUUUGUUACUGGAGCAUUAGUGAUGCUGAUAUUAUGUAUCGUGUUAUGCUUCUGUAUGCGAAGACACAACUGCAAACCAUCACAGGCCAGACAAGAAGACUCAUCUGAAUUAGUUCUCAAAAAACAGGCUGUUGUUCUGGAUAAAGAGGACGCCUGUUAUUCCAAUGCAGCAGUCACCCUAAAUUCAACCGAGUCUCUUCAUUACACCUCCAUUGUCUUUACAAACACUAAACCAUCAUCAUCAGGUGAGAUCAGGGCCAUCUCCUCGCUCAACACAGAAUACGCAGAGGUUCGACGUCGCUCUACGGGUGUCACGGAGGCGAUAAAGAGUUCAGCAGAUGUUAUGGACACUAAAACAAACCAAAGCAAAGAAAACAAAAAGAGCACAGAAGUGUCAUCACAACCAGAUGAGAGAGAGUAUGAAAAUAUCAUCAACGCUAGGUUGAUCAAUUAAUAAUGACAAAUAUUAUGGAUGAUCUGGAGACUGAUGCACUAAAAUUGGUCAACUUUUAACCUUAACCUCUUCAGACCUAACAAGUCCUUUUUGAGUCUUUCUAAAAUAUGAUUGGAAAUAUUAUCCACAUGGUUGAAAAUUGAUAACUUUUUUACGUAAUCUUACGUGUUGUUUGACUUUAUUUGUGUGUAUUUGUUUUAAUUCAUUCUCUUACUUAUUGCAAAAUAAAACAA